AUGGCUACUGUCCCAGAAAGGCAUUUAAUUCCUUCAGAAAUUUUAGAUGACCUAAGUAGUCGUUUUAUUGUAAAUGUACCUGAGGAGGAAAGGAAAGAACCCAUUCGGUUGUGUUUUCAGGUUGAGUUAGCCUACUGGUUUUAUUUAGAUUUCUUUUGCACUGAAGAUCCAAAUUUGAAAACCUGUGGUAUGAAAGAAUUUACAGCACAGAUUUUUGAACACAUUCCUUUUUUAACUCCCCUCCUUAAAAAUUUAGAUAAAGUUAUUGACGACUGGCGAAUGUACAAAUCAUCUGUUCCUACUUAUGGUGCUAUAGUGUUGAAUGAAGAUCUGACUAAAGUUUUAUUAGUUCAGAGUUAUUUUACAAAAUCUUCUUGGGGUUUUCCCAAAGGAAAGGUUAAUGAGUUAGAAACUCCUUAUAAUUGCGCAGUUAGAGAAGUUUUUGAAGAAACAGGGUUAGAUAUAAGUAAAAUGAUAGAUAUUAAUGAUUACAUUGAAGCAAAUGUAAAUGAACAAACAGUAAGACUGUACAUGGUAUCUGGAGUAAAUGAAACUGAGAAAUGUCAACCUAGGACUAGAAAUGAAAUUAAAAGUGUUGAAUGGUUUACAAUUCGUGAUUUACCAUCGAGUAAAAAGGAUAUGACAUGUAAAGUUAAGAUAGGAGUUGGACCAAAUUCUUUUUUUAUGGUUCUUCCAUUUAUUAAACGAAUACGAAGUUGGAUUCAAGAAAAAAAACAAGAUACUAAAGUCAACAAAAAUGGGAGGCGACAAUAUAAUAAAUCAGCGACUAAAACUUCCACAACUUUAACUUCAUCACCUUCUAUGUCAUAUUCUGACAAAUAUAAGCAAUUAAACCAAACCUUUGAUGCUUUAGAGUACACUGUUGUUAAACUUAAACAGCAAUGUAGAUUGGCAUUUAAGUAA